AUUCCCAGUGGCGCAGCGCCUUCGGUCCGCCCGCACAGCAGGAGGAAUGGCUUCCUCCGCUUCCGGAAGAGGAGGACUCCUCUCGCCGCCGGCGGUGUCGAAGGUAGUGCUGGCGGCGGUGGCGCUUCUGCUGUCGGCGGCGCCACAGACGCUGGCGGCGCCGUGCUACCCGCGCUUGUUCAGCUUUGGGGAUUCGCUAGCGGACACGGGCAACGUCGCUUUCCUCUCCGCCAACGACCCCGGCAAGUCCUCGCUGUGGCCACCCUACGGCGAGACCUUCUUCCACCGCGCCACCGGACGAUGCUCCAACGGCCGCCUCGUCAUCGACUUCAUCGCUGAAGCGCUGGGGCUGCCGUCCGUGCGGCCGUACUGGAGCGGGCAGUCCGUGGAGGACUUCGCCUACGGGGCCAACUUCGCGGUGGGCGGCGCCACGGCGCUCGGCCCGGACUUCUUCCGGGCAAGAGGGAUGCCUCUUCGCAACGGUACUGUGCACCUCGACAUGGAGAUGAAGUGGUUCCGCGAUCUGCUCGAUCUGCUAUGCCCCGGCGACCUCGCCGGUUGCAAGGGCAUGAUGAAUGAAUCUCUCUUCUUGGUCGGAGAAUUCGGGGGCAAUGAUUACAACUAUCCUCUUCUCAACGGUGUGUCCAUUAACAAGAUUCGCAGCUUCACUCCCCACAUCAUUGCCAAAAUUUCUUCCACCAUCACUGAAUUGAUUGGGCUUGGAGCCAAGACGAUGGUUGUUCCUGGUAACCUCCCAAUCGGAUGCAUUCCAAAUUACCUCGUGAAAUUUGAGAGUGAUGAGAAGGAAGAUUAUGAGCUAGAGACAGGUUGCCUCAGGUGGUUGAAUGAGUUUUCACAAUACCAUAACAAACAUCUUACAGAUGAGUUGGAGAAGUUGCGCAAACUUCAUCCCGAUGUGGCCAUCAUCUAUGCCGAUUACUAUGGAGCUUCUAUGGAAAUUUUCCUUUCCCCUGAACAAUUUGGAAUUGAGGACCCAUUGGUCGCUUGCUGUGGUGGAGGAGGACCUUACGGUGUAUCUGCAUCUGUACGUUGUGGACAUGGUGAAUACAAAGUGUGUGACGGCCCAGAAAAGUAUGCAUCGUGGGAUGGCUUCCAUCCAUCAGAAGCUGCCUACAAGGCCAUUACAAUCGGCCUGCUACGGGGUUCAUACACACAACCUUCAUUUGCUACCAUCACCAACUCAUGCCCACAAAUCAUUGAUAUUAGUUCUUUUGUUGAGUACAAGGACAUCUAUGACUUGUAAUUCUAGAAACAUAUUUUGUUAUUACUAGCUAAAUACCUAUACUUUGCCAUGGUAAAAAAAUACUAUAAUAUUUCAAAAAUAAAUAAAAUAAAA